AAAAAAAUGUAUGGAAAAUAAACAGUGGUCGGAAACUGUUGAGUCUGAUAAAAAAUCGCUGAUCUUCUGUUACGCCGACCAUAUUCCUUCAAGUUGGAGUAGGGAAGCAUUAGCAUCAUUAAGCGAUGGUUAGUAAGAGCCAAGGAGAGGUCAAAAAAAUAAGGAGCUCCAUUUGUAGUUAUAAAGAGUUACCUACAUUUUAGAUUAUAAAAAUAUAUGUAUACCUAUUACUUAUAUAUGAGUAUAUAUACUCAUGUUUAUAAGUACUUACACCUGGUGUUUUUAUUCC